CGUGACACCCCAGUCAAUGAAUAGCAAGAGCGCGCGGACUCCACACACUAAACUUUACUCACAACUCUGAAGAAGUGUGCUCGCAUCGGCUGUUAUAAUGGCUCCAGUACUUCACCCGACCUGUACAGCUUUACUUCUCCUCUCUCUUAUUGGAGUAUGUUUCACUCAUUCUGCAAGGGAUGGAGUGAGAUCUGAACUCCGCAUUUUCCAUCACUCAUGUGCCCUGAAGAAAGAUGAAGGGCCCUGCAAGGCCAUAAUGGACAGAUUUUACUUCAACAUUGACACAGGUCGCUGCGAGGCCUUUGAAUAUGGAGGUUGUCAAGGCAAUGCCAACAAUUUCGAGACCCUGGAGGAAUGCGAGCAAAUGUGUGUUGUGAAAGAGAAUAAGAGCCCAUGCCACCUGGAGGAUGAGCCUGGGCCAUGCCGAGGUCUGGUGCCACGCUACUUUUUCGACAGCAAGAGCCAGGAAUGCAAAAUGUUCUAUUAUGGUGGUUGCUUUGGGAAUGCCAACAACUUCAAGACCAUAAAGGAAUGCCAGGGCAGAUGUCAAUCGGACUCAAACCACAUGGACCUAAAUGCGCCAUCAAAGCCAGUGGAAGAAGCCAAACCUGCUACAGAAAUCCUUGUUAGACGUGUUACUUUAGAUGAGGCGCCUUUGAAUGCAUCCCAUUUGCACCUGCCAAAGGAGUCACAACGAGCUGCACAGGAAGCAGGGGCCAGCCCUAAUUGUCAUUACAUUUCAGAGUUUACGCCUCCUGAAUUCUGCAUGAGUCCGGCUGAUAGGGGCCAUUGUGAAGAAACAGUGAGAAGAUUCGUCUACAAUCCCAGGACUAAGAGAUGCCAGAUGUUUCGCUACAGUGGCUGUGGAGGCAACAAAAACAACUUUGUCCACAAGAGACACUGUAUGAAAAUGUGCAUGAAAGAUCACAGCAGAAGGCAAAUACGAAUUAAGAUAAGGAACUCAAACAUCUUAUUGCCAUCUAGCUAGGAUGUAAAUUUCUCAUGAUAAUGCUACGACCCCAUCUUGGGCAAGGCUGAGACAUAAUUCUCAUCUGGGAUCUUAACCUAGAACCUUUCGCAGCACAAGUGAGAAUCAUAUACAGAGACUGCAUCACUAGAUGCAAAAUCCAAAUUAACAACUAUCACCAGUGCACUCCAGCAACAGUUGUGUCUGCCACACUGUUGAUACAUUUUUGCCAUCCAUAAAUCAGAGUUCUUGAAUAUAAACCUGUGUUUUAAAUGUAAUGGCGGCGUUGUAUGUAUUUUAUGUGCAAACAAGAUUGUAUAGCCUAAACAUUUUAUAUUGUUUUCUGGGAAAGUAAGGAAUAAUUAACAUUUAAAAUGACUUAUCCUGUUAUUAACAUUACAGGGUUUUUUGUCACCUGUGGGGCUACACUGUAAAAAAAAUCUGUAGAAAUUACAAUGUUAUUGCAGCUGGGUUGUUGGUAAUUUACCCUAGAUUUAAAUUUAUGUUAUUUACUGGCAAGAGUUUGUUCAAAGUUAAAUAAAUUUUAAAUAUUAACAAGUACAUAUUAACUAUACAAUAACAGCCUCAUACAAAGCAUUCUGGGAACCAGAAAUCAUCAUCAACCUUUUUUUGGUUUUUGCUUCAGAUUUUGUUUCCCAGAAUGUUUUGCUUGAUGCUUUUUUAGUUUUGCUCUGUAAAGACAAAGACUUGUUAAUGUUUAAUGUUCAUUUAACUUUGAACAUAAUGUUGCCAGUAAAUAACAUACAUUUAAAUCUAUGGUAAGUUACCGGCAACCCAGCUGCAAUUUCUACUGAUAUUUUUUACAGUGUAUUUAACACUACUGAGUAUGUCUAACUAUUAUAAAUGUUUCCUAAGGCUUUAUAUCCUUCCUUGCUGUAAUUAUUAUUUUUUAUUAUCUCAUUGUUUAAAAGAACUGAUUCAGUAUGUAUGUAAGUUCACUUUUCAACAUUUUUUUUGUAUACUUGUUUUGGCAUUGUGCUAUAAAUUUGCUAAAUCCAUAGACUUGCGUGCUGUGUGUUACCUUAACAAUAAAAAUAAACUACUACCUGGUUA